AUGGCGGAGAACACAGAUGCCGCGUUUGUCGACGACAACGACCUCGAUCGAACUUUUCGACAGCGCCUAACGCCCUCCAAUUCAAAUUCGAAAGUACCGCUUCUAGUCCACAGCAAGCCAGGGAAGUCCGGCGCGAGUUCGCCUGGGCUGGACACCGACGACGAGAACACUCGACUCCUAAAUCCUACCCCAAUCGACUACCGGAGUUCGGACAGUAGAGCAGAUGAGUAUGGGGAACCAGAGUGGUUCCGCGAAUUCGAGGGGAUGCCGUGGUGGAAACGGCCAUCGAUUUACUGGCUCCUGCCACCCUUCUUGCUGUUCACGAUAGCCUUUGGCGGCGUCGUGGUUCCAAAGAUCAAUCUAAUAAUGGACCUGGUUUGCGAGGAGUACUAUGCUUCACUCGAUGGCAAUGGUGACCCAAUAUCGGGGCCCAUGGACCCAGGCGCAGACAGGUGUCAGAACGACGCUGUGUCCUCUCGAUCAUCGCUCUUCCUCCUAUAUGGCAGUCUGUGUUCGGGAAUACUCGCAGCCAUCACCAGCCCCAAGCUCGGCGCGCUGUCAGACCGAUAUGGGAGGAAGACGUUCAUGAUUGUAAACACGUGCGGCGCGCUCUUCGGCGAGGUUCUUACCAUCCUGGCCGCCAAGUUCCCCGAGACUGUUCAUGUUAACUGGAUCUUGGUCGGCUACGCACUGGAGGGUCUGUCUGGCUCGUUCAUUGUGGGCAUGGCCUUGGCACAUUCGUAUGCAAGUGAUUGCGUGGCGCCACAGAAACGCAACGUUGCCUUUGCAUACUUCCACGCCGCGUUGUUCGGCGGGAUUGCCGUUGGACCCGUUGUAGCUGGCUACAUCAUCCAGGCACGUAUGAAGUAUACCAGCAAGAUCGACGCAGUCAUCUUUAUCUUCUAUCUAGCGUUGGCAGCCCACGGCCUCUUCAUCGUUUUUCUUGUGUUCUGCAUUCCAGAGUCACUCAGCAAGUCGCGCCAGGAAGUGGCUCGAGAAAAGCAUAGCGAGGAGAUGGAGAGACUGGGUCCAGCGUCCGAUUGGAUCAACCAGCUGCGACACAUCAACUUGUUCCGCCCGCUGAAAAUCCUCUGGCCUACAGGUCCUGGUUCCUCUUCUGCCGUUCGCUGGAAUUUGCUUCUCCUCGCCGCCACAGACACCAUCAUGUUUGGUGUCGCCAUGGGUGCAAUGGGUGUUGUCCUUGUUUACACUCGCCGCCAGUUCGACUGGCAGUCGCUUGAGUCCGGACGCUUCGUCAGUAUCGUUAACGCAUGCCGUGUCGUCGCACUCCUGGGCUUCCUCCCUCUUCUCACCCGACUUGUAAAGGGCAAGGACGGCGUCAUGAAGCAGCGCAAGUCUGGCACGGAUCGAUUCGAUCUCUCUAUCAUCCGCGCAGCCAUCUUCUUCGACACAUUAGGUUACAUCGGUUAUGCAUUAGCACCCAACGGAGGUCUCUUCACACUCUCGGGUGUAGUUACUGCUGUUGGGGGUAUUGGAUCGCCGGCACUUGGAGCAGCUCUGACGAAGCAUGUUCCGGACGACAAAGUAGGACAGCUUCUCGGCGCGACCGGAUUGCUACAUGCCAUUGCCCGUGUGGUUGGGCCGACUGUCUUCAACGGCAUCUACAGCGCGACUGUAGCAGGCUAUCGGCAGACCGUCUUCGUUGUCUUGGCGUCGACGUUUGGGUUGGCGUUUUUGUGCAGCUGGUUUGUACGACCUCACGUCUACCUCGAAGACGACAACGAGCCAUCUACACAACCUGCAGAUGCGACAGAUCCGUAG